CCGCAUCCAAUGUUGCCUCCAUAGCGUCGGCCUGCACGUCGACUCUCUCUCUCACCUCCUCACCUGCUCUUCCAACAACCUGUUUGCGUGAUGAGGGAGAGAGAACAAGAGCCUUUGAUCGUUUGAUGUUGGUGCUUUCUCUGCGGGACCCCUCGGCAUGCCAAUGCCAAGACACGACGAGGGUUCGCGGUAUAUAUUUUCUGCGGACGAAAUCGAGCCAUAGGCACGGAACCCGGCUUACAUGAACCUUGUUGCGACUUCAAAACCCAGGACGCCAACCACUGCCAGCCACAGGUAGUCAUGUGCUGAUCAGCAUGCCAGGCCGAGAUCUGGCGCUUCCCUCGGAGCCCUGGCUCCCCCAUCACCUCGUCUGCCCCAGGAGGGCGCUGCGGAGGGCACACCCACCGCAGUGGAGCAAGAAGCUUCCAGCAAGCCUUCUGGCCAGGAACUGCUGCCACUGUGCGAUGUCCUCUUCAACAUCAUCUCCAUGGCAUCGUACUUCUGCGACAUUGUCUUUGACGUCAUGGUGGCGUACACGCUGCUGGUCGUGCGCCAGCAGUUGGUCUGGUUCUCCGUUGCCCUCACCAGCAUCCUGGGAUCGCUCCUGGUCAGCCAGGGCCUCUCUCUCCACUGGUACCUUCAGCGUGGCGCAAAGACCAAGGCACGCCGAGGCGGUGUGUUGUUGCUUCAUGCCUUCCAAGCGGGCGUACUGUGGCGCUACUUCAAGCUACUCCUGCCAGUACACCUAAGUCGCGUCAAGCAAGAGGUGGCCGACUUGUGCCUGCUGCGUCUCAUCCAUGGCUUUGGCGAAGCAGCCCCGAUGCUGUUGCUGCAGCUACAUCUAGCCUGGGCACAGCCAUUGCCGAGCAUGGUAGCACCUCUCGACCGAGUCUCAGCACUGCUCUCUCUAUUCAGUGUCUGCUGGGCUCUGGCCUCCUUUAGCAAGAACAUCCGUCGCCAACAACUUCACCGGCUUGUCCUCACGUGGCUAGGUGUGGUUUGUCAGUUGGCUUGGCGGCUGGGGACAGUGUCUGCGAGGGCUUGUGCCCUGAUCCUUUACGCUUCACUUUAUGGCCGCUGGGUGUUGGUGGUGCUGCUUUUACACUGGCUCGCCAUGUUGGUCUGGCUGGCUUCUCCACCACCGCGGCUGUUCCGCGGAGACGCGCCUGCCCGCCGACUGGCUUACUGGGCUCUGCUAGCUUACGUGCACACCAUUUGCUACGUCAACUUGAGACCCAACCCUGGGCGACCCGGUCGGGCUCGCUGCGCCGCCUUCUACACUGCCAUGCUUCUAGAGAACAGUCUGCUGACCGCCGUUUGGCUUGCGUUAAAGCCAGGCCCGCACUGGGGUCAGGACCUGGUGCUGUUUGUAGUGUGGGGAGGGUUCUUUCUUGGGCUGGGCUUCAUGCUCCUUUACUACCGAUGGUGUCACGUGCGAAGGCUCGUGCCUCCGCCGAGAGCACCUGCUCCGGCAGCCCCCACGGGGGUGUUCAACUGCCGUUUGAAUCCAGCAGCACUCAAGAGGAAGCGCAAGAAGCCGUCAUCAUUCGUUCCGCCUGCGCAGCCGUUCUGGAAGCGGGCUCCAGUUGGCAGCAACGUGGUGCCGGCUGUCGACAUACAGCAAAAGCUCCAAGAGAAGCGGCGUCAGCAACUUCAAGACCUCCUGGCCAUUGAAGAAGAAAUGAAGCAGGGAAAGCUUCCUCCUAGAGGAACACUACAGGGUCCCACACCACGCCAACCGAUCCCACGCUCCAAGAAGCAACCCUGGCUCCGCAGUCCUCCACAGUUCUGCUACCGGUCGCUGCUUGGUGGCUCGCCCGAGAUCCUGCUCUGCCCGCAGCGCCUAGACCCAGAGCGAGCCGUUGGCAGCCUUCGUGUGCCACCCCAGCCGCGCGAAGUCCGGUGGACCCAGAGGCCGUUCACGUUCCGCGAGAGCAAUUCGAGUGAUGGUGAUGUGGACUCAGCCGACGAGGAUGCCUCCGCGCGGUUCCGCACUUGCCGAACAUUCCUGGGCCGUCCACAUGGACCAGAGACUCAGCUUUGACGCCUAUCACUGGUGGUGAGAGCAGCCACGUUGAACUCCAGUGCCUCACGUGCUUUUUGCAGAUGGAACGUUGUGUGAAUAUUUAUUACCCAAGGAAAAUUCCUGUGGAAAUACUCCGUAGACCCUGUGCCACAAGAAGCAGACACCAUUGCUGUCGCACUGUGCGGUUAUCCCACAUCGAAACGUGCCUUUUUUCCUGUUUUAUACAAUUUUAUACUUGCUAGAAUUAGAACUUCAGCAUUUUAUGGGCAGCCUCUGAGUCGUGCCAAUACCUUACAUCUUGGAUCCACCUAUACAGGACCUUGUCGCAAGCACAGUUUUUAUUCAUUCACUACAGCUGUUCAAAUGAAGCCACUUCAAGGUUUGAGUAGAUGCUGAUUGAGCCUUGUGCUCACUGCUGUGGUUUCUGGCUAACCUUACCGUUUUCUUUUUUUUUUUGUAAGAGACCACUCCAUAAUGCAGUGUCACCGUCUUGAUCAAGCAAAGCCUUAUAAUUCAUGCUGAUGAUACACAAACUUGCACUAGCUGUAUCCUGAGACCAUUUUGGAAUUUAGAUUUUAUAUAGGCCUAGUGCAAGAAACACACAGACAAAUACGGGUCAUCUUGUGUAACUACAGUCUGUGACAAGUGCAAGUUUGCUGGAGAGGCUCCUCUCACAAAUGUGUGCUGUGUCGCCAUUCCAUACUUCCGUGCUACUGGAUAUUUCUUUUACGCAUCGCACAGGCAUAGAGAAGGCGCCCCCAGUAGCUCAGCAGCAGCACAAGCACCACGGUCACACACCACAUGCACAAAUAGCAAAGAUUGGCUGUUGUGGGGAUGAAAAAGACAGCUUACAGAACAAACACUCGCAAACACCAGUACUACUGAGCACUUAAAAAGUUCUUGAGAGGGACCAUCCUGACCACCUCUGCAAAGAAACUCUUCACCCAUCUUCAGGAGACCUGAACAGCUUGUUCUUAUCAGGAGCUUCAUGAAAGGUACAAGAUAUAGCUGGUUUUGCAUCACACACGAUAACUCUGCACCUUCUGAAUCAACCUGUUUAAGAACUUAAUUGCAUUCAGUUUUCUGUAGUGCAGUGUGGUAUAAGGCCGCUGUUUCUCAGAUGUCAACACCAAGGAAUUGUAACAUUACAGCACGCUUGGUUCUUUUUUAUAUCGAAUCCUAGGCCGGUGGUAUAACGUAAUCAAUUAGUCGUGUGCUGCACCAUGCAGUUCCAUAUCAUGAUUGCUGGGUACGUGCUUACUGCAGCAGAAAAAUGACAGUAAGGCUUUAGAGUUUUGUGUUGAUAUUCCUUCAAAUUGCUGUCUUUGAAAAAUGGCAUACUCACUGCAACAAUCCGCUUGUGGUAAAAAAAAGUUUGACUUGCAUCAAGCCAGGACUACGUGUUCACUUGAUGAACUUUUAAGCUGAUCGAUCCAGCUUUGGCACCUUUCAUACAUCGGUUUGUUGUUUGCAGAGGUAAACUGUCACUCCUGGACACCCGCUUCUGGUGGCAUGACAGAUGGAUAAAGAUCUUCCAGUGCCCCUGUGUGUUGC